ACUGAAGCUAUAUAUGUAACAUGUGUAGUCCAUUUAAACAGAAAACAGCAAGUCAUGAUUCUCAGAGGAUGUAUUAUCUGCACUGUCGGCCUGCUCGUCGUAGAAUUUGCAUUUGGCGAUCUUUCCAAUGAUCCAGUAGAAUGUCCUCAGCCGUUUUGUCUAUGUCAAAAGAAAUCGCGCGGAAGUGCUGUGUGUUCCGGGCGAUCUUUACAUUACAUUCCGAGACUUCCGAAAUAUGUUUACUCAGUUGCAUUCACGAAUACAAGUAUCAGUUUUAUAGAAACAUUUGGAUUGUUCAAUUUAACUUUUAAUCAAAUUGAAAGAAUAAACUUUACUGGUAAUCUGUUACUCAGUAUUGACAAAGACGCGUUUCGAAAUUUGACUUUCCUUGAUACGCUUAUUAUUUCACGUGAACCUCGUUUGAAUCUUAAUUCCCUGAAAUCGUCUUUUAUGAGUUUGACUAGGUUAAAGAUUUUAGUUUUUGACUUUGCAUUUAAUUUUUGGAAAUCCCUUCCCAAAGAUAUGUUCAACAAUUAUCACUUCAGUAAUGUUAAGUCUUUAUUUUUGGAAGGUAAUAAAUUUACCUAUGUCAACUUUACGACAUUUGGAACAAUGACCAGAUUACAGGGAAUUUCUCUUGCCGAUAACGCAAUAAGUCAUAUUUCUUUUACUAAGUUAACUUCAUUAACCAAAUUAGAUAUGAGUUCCAAUCUGCUUCCAAAAGUUCCAACUUUUUGUGGAAGAAACAACACUAGUUAUUUUCCUAACUUAAAAACUUUAACGUUAAGUCAUAACAAUAUUGGUUACCUUGGUCCCAAGUCAUUCAGAUGUUUACCUCGACUUUCAACGUUAAACUUGGAUUAUACAAAGAUUGGUAAACUUCAAGAUAAUGUAUUUGCAUUUUUACCAUCGCUACAAAAGUUACAUUUAAAUAGCAUCGGUAAUCCUUUGAAAACUAUUAAACAAAAUGCGUUCAAUAGUUCUUCGUUAGAGAUUUUGGAUUUAAAGGGAUCAAAUUUUCAUUUUAACAUAAAGCAAAGAUACGAUGCAAACCAAAUUUUUGCUUCUUGUCCAAAUCUAAAGAACUUGGAUCUCACAGAGAACAAUAUGCCAUCAGACGAUCCAACCUUCCGGACGAUUUUUAGGCCACUGAGAAAGUUAGAGAAAUUGUAUCUCACAAAAACUAAGAUGCUUAAUCUGCCUACAAAUGUGUUCACAAAUAUGAAAUUGCUUCAUACAUUACAUUUGAAUGAAAAUGGGAUAACAGAUUGGAACGACAGUUGUCGUAUCUUUGGUAAUAUGACAUCUUUGAAAUAUCUGAGUUUAAGACACAAUCGUAUAUCAGUCAUCAAUGAAACCAGCUUUCCAGAGGACAUUUUGUCAAGACUGGAAAAAUUAUAUCUUGCCCGUAAUCCUUUUUCAUGUAUUUGCGACCAAAUGUGGUUUCAAAACUGGAUUCAAAAGAAUGGUUCGAUUUUAAUGGAGUAUCCAAAGGAAUACAGCUGUGGAAAUCCAAAUAAUAUGCGUGGAAUAUUAUUAAAAGAUUAUAAACCUACAGAAAAAAUGUGCAAUCCAUGGAAUCCUCUGUAUACUAUGGCAAUUGUCAUGGGAAUUAUUUUUAUAUCGUUCAUCACUAUUGUUUUCUAUCGCAGCAAAGUGUCAGGGCAAUAUCAAGAAUUAUAUAUAUUUACUACGUGUAUAUCAUAACCGGCAAAAGGGAUACAUCCCUCUUGACAGUGAAGAAGAUUACGAAUAUCACGCUUUUGUGUACUGCGAUAAUGAUCGAAAAUGGGUUCACAACGAUCUCUUGAACAAGCUUGAAAAUGAAGAAGGAUUACAACUGUGUAUUCACCAUAGAAAUUUCAUAGUAGGAGAUUCUAUUAGUGUAAAUGUUGACAAUUUCCUUAAGAAGUCAUGGAAAGUUUUAGUUAUUGUAUCGAUCAAUUUCGCACAAAGUGAAUGGUGUCAGUGGGAGGUAGAUGUUGUACAAGAACGACGCCGACGUCAAGGGAAAGAAGUCAUUGUUCCUGUCAUACUAGAUACCAUUGACUCAAAACAUAUGACUAGUCAGCUACGUACCUUACUGGAUAGUACACCCUCCUUAAGGUACCGAUCCGGUGUAGGUUCAGAACUAUUCUGGAAAGUUUUAUUAGAGAGUUUAAGAAAACCACUUGGACAUCCGCCAACCCCUUUACUUUAUUCAAGAAUUUAACAUGUUUACUUUACUUGUGAAAUAAGACACUCGUCUGAGCCUGUUAUGCAUGCUCAACUAGAGAAAAUUACAAGUCUGUAGAUAAUGACUUUCAAUCA